AUGGCCGACAAGCAAGAGGACCCGCAGGUCCGCGCCAAAAAGCAGCAAGAGUCUCUCAUCGUCUCUGCGAAAAAAUGGGGAGCAUACCUGCUAAACCUCCUCAUAGAGUCCUCCGUUCCUCCUGCCGCACUAGCCACCUUUGUCUUCGCACAGCAUGCCCGCCCUUUCCAGGGACUGCCCAUGAUCUUCCCGCCUUUGCUGCUCUUCUCCACCUACCUGAAUCUACAGGGUUUCAAAAUCGACAGCGCCGGCACGACGGCAGCGUUGAGUGGCGCGUAUCUAGUAAUUGUUGGGAGGCGAAGGCAAGGGGUGUGGAACAAGUUUGGCACCCGAGGCAUCAUUCGCGGCGCGACGAUGGGGCUGGCACUCGCUAAUGUCGUGGGCGGUGGAUUGGCAUAUGCGUUUGGGAGUCGGAGGAAGGAAGACGAGGAGAAAGAUAAGCUGUGA